GAUUGCUAAAGUUCGAAACAAACCGCGGUAGCGAUAAUGACGACAAUAUGUAGCAUCAGAAGAAACGUGCCGCAAAGAUGUUGACACACAACAACAAGAGUAGUAGCUGCCUUUGUGAAUCGCCAUCCAGGCGACCGGGAUUUACGGGUGUACUCCGAUCUGUGAUAUGGACCGGCCUGCCAAACCUUGCGUAUUGUGAUUGGGCUCCGAUGGUGCUGACCACGCGCCGGACACCGGAUUCGACCCCGGAUUACCCUUCAACCAAAGCAAAUGUGUAUAACCUCCUACGGGUAAAUCGGACUACGGCCCUUCACCGGACCACCAGUUAUACGGGGCCACAAGAUAGUGAUAUUGUACAUGACCAAGUUAAGCUUCCACAGCAAUUUUAUGGGUUGCAGUCAAAUGUUUCGUGUGAGGGGAUUUUAUGUUUUGGAAUUUAUACGAACAAUUCAACUGGAUUAAAUGCGAGUCUUCAAGAUCAAGGAUUAUCGUAUUCGGGGAAAAAUUGGGUGAUGUUGCUGUUAGGUGUUUUUGUGAUCUGUGGAAUACUCGGGAAUUUACUCGUGUGUUUGGCCAUUUGUACAGAAAAAAAGCUUCAGAAUGUCACAAAUUAUUUUCUAAUGUCGUUAGCCAUUGCUGAUAUGAUGGUCUCCAUAAUCGUCAUGCCGAUGAGCAUUGUAAAUGAAAUAAAUGGUUACUGGCCACUAGGACCGGUGAUGUGUAACAUUUGGUCACUGAGCGACGUCCUUCUCUGUACCUCCUCCAUCCUGCAUAUGAGCACCAUUUCACUCGAUCGCUACAUUGGAAUUCGGUCGCCGUUAAAGACUCGGAACAAAUCCAUGCGGAUAGUCGGUGUAAAGAUAUUCUUAGUAUGGCUAUUAGCAUUUUCGAUAUCAAGCCCGUUGUUUGUGUUAGGAAUAGUCAAUGAAGCUAAUAUUCUCAAUGAUGGUAUAUGUGCGCUAGCAAAUCCUCAUUUCAUAAUCUACGGCUCAAUUUCUGCCUUUUUUAUACCUCUCAUGAUAAUGGUAGUGACAUAUGUGUUGACAGUAAAGUUAUUACAUGAAAAGGCCAUGCAGUGUAAGAACUCAGGAAAGGAGGGUAAACCUAUGAUAAGACGCUCCAUGAGUCGUCGUAGUAAACAAGGUCUAACACCAUUAGUUCAAGGGCUUACACCACCUAGAGUGCAAAACACGAACCCAUUUAGGAAGAUCAAUAAAUCUCGUGAGAACGGGGUAAUACCACCGCUACGACGUUUGCAUAACCAUGACAGAGAUGCAGGACUUCCAAGUGAAAUGGAGCCAUUGACCAAAGAAAUCAACACUAACAAUGGUGGCAGUGCUGUGGCGAUGGGGGUAGCUAAUGCUGCAGCGGUCACUAUGCCUGGCUCACAUGGACUUCACAGUCGCCACGCCUCAACUUCAAGUGAACAGUCAACACUUUCAAUGAAUAGUACGGCUGUCCCAAGACUGAAAGGCCUCGUCCAGAAACACAGCAUGAAAAUAAAAGCCGCAACAAUGAUGCUGCAACGACGUGAUGCAAUCGAAAGACGUGAACGUGAAAACGCUGUAAAAACAGAACAAAAGGCUGCAAAAGUUCUUGGGAUUAUGUUCGGGUUAUUUGUGAUUUGCUGGGCGCCAUUUUUUAUUGUGAAUAUCACUAUGCCACUGUGUUCCUCUUGUGUGUUUAAUGGACAAUUGCUCACAGCAUUCCUGUGGUUUGGCUAUAUCUCAUCCACAAUCAACCCCAUCAUCUACACGGUGUUUAACCGAAAUUUCCGACUUGCAUUUAUCGGUCUACUUCUGUGCAAACCAUGGCGAACGAAUAAGAUUUAUAAGGCGACAUUCAAUGGGCUUUAUAACCAGCCAUCACCUGGUAUAAAUGCCCAUACAGAGAACUCAUCGAAUCAGUCACAACGAGAAGUGGACGUUACUCACACAGAUACCUCUUACAGAGAAACUGCCUGUUAGGAUUACUCGAUACUUCAUGUACCUCCGUAAUUAAGGAAUAUGUCCUUUUUAUAUCCCAAAACCAGUUGCACCAGCACUUGCCAGUAUCAUUCAUUCAUUUUUUUAUGAAUGACAGGAUAAACCCACGCGUGUACAUAUCAGUGCAGAUCAUCCAGAAUCAUAUUAUGUUGACAAAUAAAGUCAUGAUUCUCAAAAUGUCGCGGGCCACGAUUCUGUAAUAAUUUUGCAAGGUCAUAAAACCUUUUCAAAUGUGAUAGACAGAACAAACAUUUUUGGAUAAGAGUCCUGCUUGAUCCAAGGACGACUCCAGUAAGAGGAGCAGGAUAAACUGAGACUGAGGAAACACAUCUCUGAGAGAUUGUCAUUGACUCAAGGGCGGUCCCGGUCAUAAUAAGUAGGGACUCAUUUAACCAAUAUGGUAUACGCAUGUUCCAUAAGGACAAGGUCAGUUUAUGAGAAGAGCCCAUGCACAUUAGAUAUACAAACCAAAUUUCGGUUUCUAAAAAUCGUUCCAGAUGCCACAUGGUAAACACUUUACCCAAAGUAAUUAAUAACGAAACUAUUCUCUGUCGGUAUAACAAGCUCAAACGGAUUCUUAUGUUUGGUCGUGGGGGUGUAGUUUCGAAAGGCGACAGACAGGCGGCUGAGAAAUUAGCAGGCGACUUAUAGGAACUGAGAACCUUGACCAAAAUAAGAAAAGUGUAGUGAUCUCAAAUCGUACUUCCCAGAUUGGGAAUAGUGUAAUUCUCAUCUAUUAAAUGUGUGAUAUAAUGCAAUUGUUCGUUGUUUUCAUAUUAUGUUAUUCACAAAAGUAAUGCUACUCUGAAACCGCAAAUUUCCUAUAGAGUUAAAGUUUUGUGGAAGUUAUUGGUUUUGUUUGAAUACAGCCGGCACUGACGAGUAGGCCUUAGACUGGUCCAGGUACGGGAAUUCAGGGCUGACCCAGACCUUAUUCCAGCCUAGCCAGGUCUAGCCAGGGUUGGACCAAGCUCGUUAGUACUCAUACGGACCAAGGUUGACCCAGGUUCGGCAAGACAUGAGGUGAGGGGUGUGUUAAGGCAUACUCAAAUCAGAUGCAUGUACACUUACAAAUCAGAUGAAUACAUGUUUAUUCAAAUAAACUCGUUGUAUGUUUGUUCAAAUGAACUCAUGUUUAUAUAUGUCGGAAAAAGUAAUCACGGUUUUCAGAAGUGACAGUUUGUGUACAUGGUUUGCCAGAAGUUAUUUUUACAUUGUACAUCAACCAUCAUGUGAUCCAUUGUACAUCAACCAUCAUGUGAUCCAUUGUACAUCAACCAUCAUGUGAUCAUUGUACAUCAACCAUCAUGUGAUCCAUUGUACAUCAACCAUCAUGUGAUCAUUGUACAUCAACCAUCAUGUGAUCCAUUGUUAGAUAUGAUUGGCUAUUUAUAUAAUUUAGAUUGUA